UCGAGUAAUCCUUUUCCUCUUUUGGCCACUUCUAUUUAGAUCCAAAAAAAAAAAAAAAACUAUCUUUUCUUGAAAUAAUGGAGGGGCAUCGAAGGGUGGUUUGUGGUGCAACUCAGAUAAUCGGUUUACUUACAUUCAUCUACUUGUUUUACACCCAAUCUUUCGGAUUCGACCCCAUUAAGCUUUGGCUUGGCACAAGAAAUUUGUUGAAGUUUAAUGCUAGAAUGGAAGAAUUAGCUGUUAUUUGUGAAGAUACUUCACAUCAAUCCUUUAAAUCGCUUAUCGGUGAUGCCGAUGAUCUACAAAAGCUCGAAACAACUGGCUUCGCUUGUGAUUCGACCGUGCACUCGUUAGUUUGCGUUGCAAGUAACCCCGUAAAGAUCAAUACCAAAACCAUGAACAUUUAUAUGCCUAGACAAUUAAUCUCGACAAAGAGGACCAAUUAUUCAAUUAAGGAUGAAGUAAUAAAAGGUGUACAAGUUCGGCCAUAUGCGUGGGCACAAUAUGAACUUUUGAAAAAUGUUACUCCGGUCAAUUUCCUCCAACAACCACCACAAAGCCCGGAAUUAUAUUGUGACUAUAACUACACAAUUCCGGCAGUCGUGUUUUCAUCCGGUGGAUUCGCUGGAAACCUAUUUCACGAAUUUAAUGAGAUCAUAAUUCCGUUAUUCAUGACUACCCGUCUCUUCAAAUCGCGUGUUAAGUUCAUUCUCGUGGAUUACAACCCUUAUCUUGUUACGAAAUAUACACGCAUUUUUUCUAGCUUAUCGAAUUACAAUGUGUUAAAUCCGAGUAUAAACACGAGUGUGGUUCAUUGCUUUCCGGGAGUUGUUGUUGGUCUCAAAUUCCAUAAUUAUUUAUCCAUAAAUUCUUCAGAAGUUCCUAAAGGAAAUUCCAUGUUAGAAUUCAAGAAAUUUCUCCAAACGACAUACGGUUUGAAGAUCACGAAUGUCACAAAUACGGGCUCUACAACGCCCACGUUGAUCCUCGUCUCUCGUAGAAAAACAAGAUUAUUUUUGAACGAAGACGAAAUGGUGGACAUGAUGGAAGAUUUAGGGUUUGAGGUUUUGGUAGUAAGAAGUAACAAAAAGAUGUCGAAUUUGGAUAAAUUCGCGAAAGUAGUUAACACGGCCAGUGUCCUAGUUGGGACUCACGGUGCCGGGUUAACAAACCAAGUGUUUUUACCCUCGGGUGCGGUGGUGGUACAAGUGGUGCCACUAGCCUUGGAAUGGCCUUCUUCGGUUUACUUUGGUGGACCCGCAGUCGGGAUGGGGUUGCAUUACUUGGAUUACAAGAUUGGACCGGAUGAGAGUUCGCUCAUCGAGUCUUAUCCACGUAGCGACCCGGUUAUUUCGGAUCCAGGAUCGGUAUUUGCUAAAGGGUAUUAUGUUGGGAAGGAAAUGUAUUUGGAUAAGCAAAAUAUAAGGGUGGAUGUAAAUAGGUUUAAAGGUACUCUUGUUGAAGCUCUUAAACUUCUUGGACGUAUAUAGCAACAACUUUUAGGACAUGAUGAUCCUUUUAUAGUUAUGUACAUUUAUUAUCAUCCUAUUGUUGAUUUUAUAUCACUUACAUUCAUCCGAAAAUGUAAGAUUUGAGUAUUUGAUAUAUGCAAUUAUUGUAUAUUUGCA